CUACCCUAUACCGUCCAAUUUUUCUAAACCUUUCAUUAUAUAAUUCCCCAUUCUCCUUCAUUUCUGCUCCCUGCUUUUUCCAACUCCUUCUCUCUUAAACUCACCUAUGGCUUCUAACUAUUCUUUCUCUUCUUCUUCUUCAAUUCCUUCUCCAAAAUCUAGCAUGUUUUAUUUUGGUGGAAGUGAAGAUUUCUAUGAUGAACCUCACUUCCUCCAAGCUUGUUCUCUUUGUAGAAAACAUCUUGGCCUUAACAAAGACAUUUUUAUGUACAGAGGGAAUACACCAUUUUGUAGCAAAGAGUGCAGGCAAGAACAAAUAGAGAUUGAUGAGUGCAAAGAAAAAAGCUGGAAAAUUCCAUCCAAAAGAAGUGUUAGAAAUUCAGAAACCAAUCAAAAUUCUAAAAAUAAUAAGGCUGUAAGAUCAGAAUCAGUUGCAGUGGCCUAAGACAUGUAUGAGUGAUGAAAAAAAAAAUCCAAAUUUUUUGAAAAACAUGAAGAAGUGGAAAAUUAAGAGUAAUUAAUUUCCAUGAUGAAAGAUUCUGAUAAAACAAGGAUGAAUCUUUGCUCUACCUUUUGUAAAGAAAUUGUUGGAGUUUCAUGAGAGAUAGAAAAAAAAAAACUCAACAAGGAAUUUUGGCUCUUUUUUUUUUGUUUGUGUUUUUUAUUUGAUCUUUUUAUUAUUUUUUUCUCAUAUUUAAUCUUUCAAGUUCUAUGAGAAAAAUGGAUCAUAUAUAAUAUGAUGCUGUUUAAUUUUCCAUAAAA